CCGCGGGUGGCGAGCGAGAGCAUCGAGCUGCCCGACAUCAACAGCGAAUACUCGGACUCAGAAGACGAGGACCGCCCCAAGCGCGACCUGCCGGACUGGGCGAAGAGCCCGGACAUCGCGGCAGCGCUACAGCAGCAGAGCACGAUCAACCCGGACGACAUCUUUGGGCAGAUCAGGCCGCUGCGCAUGGAGGAGAUCUUCCGGACGCGGCACAGCCGGUUCCGUGCGCGGACGAGCUCGGCGAACUGGACGGGUACGGACGAGCUCACGCAGGAGGAGGAGCGGGAGUACGCGCGGCGGAUGGGCUUCAGGUAG